AUGAAUUCUCCUCCAGGUGCCCAGAUUAUUGAUUUGAUGAUGCUUGUAAUAGACGUGACAAAAGGGAUGCAGACGCAGUCAGCAGAGUGCUUGGUAAUUGGGCAAAUUGCCUGCCAGAAGAUGGUGGUAGUUCUGAACAAAAUAGAUCUCCUUCCAGAGGGGAAGAGACAAAGUGCCAUUGAGAAGAUGACUAAGAAAAUGCAGAAGACCUUGGAAAAUACAAAGUUCUGUGGGUGUCCUAUUGUUGCUGUUGCAGCAAAGCCCGGUGGACCAGAAGCCCCAGAGUCUGAGAAUCCACUAGGUGUUUCUGAAUUAAUUGAGGUCCUGAAGUCUCAGGCUUACCUGCCAUCAAGAGACCCCUCGGGACACUUCCUUAUGGCAGUCGACCACUGUUUCUCUAUCAAGGGUCAAGGCACUGUGAUGACAGGGACUAUUCUUUCUGGCUCUGUUAGCCUGGGUGACAAUGUGGAGAUUCCUGCCCUGAAGGUGACAAAGAAAGUCAAGUCUAUGCAGAUGUUCCAUACUCCUGUGACUUACGCUAUGCAGGGUGACAGAGUAGGUAUCUGCGUAACCCAGUUUGAUCCCAAACUGCUGGAACGAGGUCUCAUUUGCACCCCAGAAUCACUUCACACCAUCCAUGCUGCAAUAAUUUCCCUGAAAAAAAUCCAGUAUUUUCGAGGAGCUCUUCAGACCAAGGCCAAGUUCCACAUCACAGUUGGUCACGAAACAGUUAUGGGAAGAGUCAUGUUUUUCAGUCCAGCCCCUGCUGACUUCAAUGAAGAAAUUCAAGAAAAUGUUUUUGAUUUUGAAAAAGAUUAUCUUUAUCAAGAGGAAUAUUUGUCCAAGGACUCAAAUUCUUCAGAGGAGAACAAAGAAAACAACCAGGCAGGAGAAGUCCAGCUCCCAAGACAACAGUGGGCUUUGCUGGAGUUUGAAAAACCAGUCACUUGUCCUAAACUGUGCCUUGUGAUUGGCUCCAAGCUGGAUACAGAUAUUCAUGCAAAUACCUGCCGGCUGGCGUUCCACGGGGUACUGCUCCAAGGCAUGGAAGACAAGAACUAUGUGGAGAGUUUCCUUCCAAAGCUGAAAGUGUACAAACUGAAGCAUAAAGAAGGACAAGUGGAAAGGGUGAUGGAUGAUUACAGCGUGAUUGGUCGUUCGUUGUUUAAAAAGGAAACAAACAUACAGAUUUUCGUGGGUCUAAAAGUCAAACUAUCUACAGGAGAAGAUGGAAUAAUAGACGGUGGUUUUGGACAAAGUGGCAAAUUUAAAAUCCGAAUUCCAGAUGGGCUGAAGCCGGAUACCAAGAUGCUUCUUACCGUCGCCUCCAAGAAGAAAUCUAAGGCAGGGAAAGGGGAUGCAACCAAAGAGGAUGAAAGCAGCAAGAAUGAUUCAGCCCAACCUGUCACCAUCUCUCUUCUCUUUAAAAGAUACGUCUUUGACACGCAGAAGAAAAUGAUCCAAUCCUGA